GUCACACAGUAGAGAACCGGAAGUCAGUUUUGGUAAAGAAUGUUACAAUUUGGAUCCCAUAAUACCCAUUUUGCUGUUUUUACAUUUGUGCUGUUAUGGGUUACGAUCACAAGCAACACUCCUAUGAUGUCAUGUGAUGCAUCACGAGGAACGGUAAAAUAUGUUGACAGGUGCCCGAGGAAUAAGUCUGAGUGGUUGGAAUCGGCAAGGAAUAAGAAUUGUUCAAGAAUAAAUCAGAAUUGUUCCUCAACAGAAUUUGUUUACCACUGUCUGAUUAACCAAUGGGAAAACGCUACAGUGGAAGUUUGUGCUUUACGUGUAAACAUAAUUGGCAAAUGUGCAGAAUAUAAUACCAAAGGAGCAGUUGUACAGGAACAUGCACGCAGAGACUGUCGAACAUUUCAGAAUCCAUGUCCAGUCUAUUACAAAUCAGACCAGGCGUAUCUCUAUCAAGAAUGUUAUGAUGGCAUCGUGACUACAAAACAAAAUACAGCAAUCUCAGCUGCAUCAAACAGAUACAUUAUCACAGUAAAAGAAAAACAUUGUUAUAUUGUACUGAUAAUAAUCUUUUUACACGGUGUCAUUAGAUGUGUUUUGAUAUGACAUGUCAUGUUUAAUUUGUAUUUUGUAAAUUUUUAUAGCGAUUUAGUAAUAAUUUCUUUCCUUAAUUGUACAUUUUGAAGCAUUCAAUUCUUAUAUUUAUACUGAUUUCUAUUAGCAUAAAAUAUAUGUGUCUUGCCCCUGUAAAUCUAUUAUGUAAACGCUCAGUGAAGGAUAUGAAACAUACAUUGAUUUGCUAUAUCAACAUGUUAAUAUUUAAUAUGCGACUUUAAAUAUAGUGCCAGAAACUUUGUAGAGAAAACAUUUUUUGUUAAGAAGUAGAUAUAAUUUCAUGAUUAAUUUUCAAAGGUACAUAUCAAAAUUGGUUAUGUAAGAUUGAAAAAUUCAUUUAAUCUUACAAAAUAGAUAUACUCAACACACAUGGCAGCGGUUAUAUUUGUGCUCAUGGCGCAUGAAUUAGCAAAGUGUAUUAUUAGAAAAUUGAACGUCGCAGAUUUUCGAUGCAAACAUAAUGGAAAACAUACAGUGAAUGUAAAUAUAACAUUUAUGUAUUCAUCACACAUUCUAUUUCUGAUCAAGCAGACAGAAUUACUUCUUUUUUUCAUUUUAUUCAAAGAUAAAUUUUAAAAUAUACCGAUGUACUCACAUGAAAUAUGCAAAUAAAGUAAACCGGUAUAAUGAUUAUAUCUGUUUCCAUAAUUUUGAAAUUUAAUUGGAAGAAGUACAAUUUUUUUAACAAACUCCUUUGAGUAGACCGAUGCUUCCUUUGAUACCUGCUACUAGUUAUGAUAAUCAGCUGAUUUAUGUGUUUAUGUUUAUGUCAGCUGUUUUGUGCGUGACGCCAGAGCGCACAAGACAGGAUGAACAAAAGUAUCGUCUGCGAGCAGAGAGACGCUGGGACAUUUGAGAGGAAGCACACUCUGUGAGAAGCUCGAUAAUUCGACAAUGUCGUGUGAGAUUAGACUGUUAACUUUAGACACCGUGUUCUUGUGCAUAUGUGAUCCGUCUGUCGCGUACCGUCUCAUCGAACUGCCGUGUGUAUUCAACCAUGUACCAAUCAUCUCUGUCGCCAAUCAGCUGAAUAUAUGCAACUUUGUAAAUUUUGAUUGAUUAUGUAUUUUAUUUGUAUUAUUUAUGUGUUUAUAUAUCUAAUCUAAUAAAUGUGUUUUAGUAAAUCAUU